CCACAGGUAACCACUGGGGGCUACCCAGAGUGGCUGCCACUCACCCAAAGAGGGGCCAGCCUUCCUCUAGAAAGAAUAUUCUUACCAUCGAUACAUAUAAACCACCAUCAUGUCUGGUAUCCCCUACGUGGGUAACACCUUCCCAAAACGUGCCAUCCAACCCAAAUGCACCAGCUGCCCUGGUCACCCAUAUUGUUCCGUCUGCCCAAGCCGGAAGGAACGGAGCAAAUCAUCCAACAAGACUCCAGGGAAGCCCCCCACGAAACAAAGCACCAACCCCAAGGCUGAAGAAACUCCUGCCAUUGAGACUGAGUCUGCCCAGAAACCAGCCUGCCGGGGCCGCCCUCACUGCAUGCUCUGCAUGGACCGUCCUGAAAAUCCCUCCUUCCUGGACUGCAUCAUCGAAGGCAUAGACUACCUGGACCGCUCCCUGAACAGCGACCCCAGCCCAGAUCAUGCCAGCAAGUCCACCAGCAAGGCCAAAGUGGACGAGGCUCAGAGUGGUUCGUCUAGUAAAAAAAAGUCGCCCACCACCAGCCCCUCGAAGACCAGCCAGGACCAAGGCCAGCAGAAGCAGAGCCCCAACUCUCUGCAGUGCCGCCCUGACAGCAAGGGCAGCCUUUCCAGCCAGGUGCUCUCCAAGGGGGGGGCCACACACUUGCAGGAUGAUCCUUGGAUGGGGGCGAGCAUCCCAAUUAGUCAUAUACCCAAGCUCUUUGAGAAAAUUCGUGCGGGGUGGGCUGCCCCGCCUGACCCUAAUGCAGCUCUGUGGUGGUAAAAUUAGUUCCAACUAGGAGACUUGUUUUCUCCCUGCAAAAUAAAGCAUUUUU